UAUCAGUAAACACCGGAGUGGUGCGAGCGGAUCUGCCCCUGGCUUGUAGUUUACUUCUGUUAACUGUGCGCGAAGCUAAUGUAACACAAGCACAGACACGCGAACUGCGUGAAACAGUCACUCUGCGACUCUUUCGCUUUAAACAGCUGGUGGCAUGAAAGCCGGGAUGCUUUCUUAGCCAGAAAUGACACGCGUAAACAAGUUAGCCAGCUAGCCACUGAGCUAGCACACUCAAGUCAGCUCGAAAAAUGAAUGGCCGUCCAGUUUUACAACGCGCUGUCAACAAAUAUACGACGACUCCUCGUGCUUACGAGCGCGUGGCCGAAAAUUGUACGUCAAUAACAACAUCGACAAGUUAUCGCGUUCGACGCAAUUUCACCACCAAAGCGAGUAAAUCAACACAGCUGCACACGGCUAACCUCUUUUAACCUCAAGCUAGCUAACAAAAUGGCUGCUGAUGCUCACCUUGUAAAGAUGACAUCAUCGACUUGGGAGGGUGCACUCAAUUUGUGGGGCUGCCAUAAAAUUAAUUUGAAAACGUUUUCUGAAUAGAUCAAUUUUUGACUAUCAAUUGCCAGUUACCGUUUGUGAAUUUAAGUUAAACCUAAUCUGCGUUUUUUUUUUACAUUUAUCAAGUGGAGUGUCGUAACUUGUUUGUGCCAAGGAUAAAGCUCCCGGGUUACCCUUUGAAGUCUCACACGAAGCUAGGAGCCCAAACAAAAGGCCAGUGCCACCACCCCUCACCUACAAAUAAGACUAUCCACAGACGUUUCCAUCACUUCACCAUGGAUCACAUCAGAGUUGGCAUCCUUGCUAUCUUUUUGCAGUGUUUUAUCACAAAGAGCGCAUUUUCCAUUCAGAAACGAGAAUGGAUUCAAACUUCAGCAGCAAGAUUAACAGAAGAAGAUGUGGUUUGCUUUCCUGAAUACAUGGAGAUGUGGAUGCACAGUGCAAGAAUUGAGGAGUUCAGGGUCCUGCUGUCGAGGGCGCUAAGUAUCCAAGCCAACCUUGCAUCUCUGGAUCACCUGAAUCUCCAGCUGUCUGCUUGUGGAUUCUCACUGCAAAACGACUUCGACAAUAACUACGUUUUUAGAGUCAGCUACACCGGGUGUUUUGUUCGGCAGCAGAAUGGCUUUAAUGUCUUAACAUUAAAUUUGGUGCGGAGGAUGAAUCGAUUUGGAAGCCAGCCUCACAGUUUCACAAUGAAGUGCCCUGUGAUGUCUGUGGUGCAAAGCAGGGAGCAAAUCCACUGUGACCCUGAAUAUGUUCAGGUGAUCAGAGAAAUUCCCAAUGGAAACUGGGAUAAUGAGCUGCAGUGGUUGCUGUGUCUGGACGAUCACCUCCUUGUAGCUCUGGAGGAUGCCAGCUUGAUUCAGAUGAACAUUGAUGUGAAUGUAAAAGACAUAAGAGUUCAGGGCAGGAGGAGGGAGAUCUUAAGGCCUGUCAAAAUAAUGGAAAAUGAAGGGGAAUUUUUGGCUUUGAAGCUGGUCAGAGACAGAUAUGCCUACAGUAUGGAAGCAACAUGUCCAAAAGUGAACGCAUCCACGGCAGACAAGACUGUGCUGCACAUCCUCAAACGCCGAAUAGGUUUGACCAGAAGAGGCACCUAUCACAAUGAAGCACUGACACUCAGCGACCUGUCAGUUAACCAGACAGACACUUUCACAGUGCAUGAGACGAGUGAAUUUGUAACUCUGUCCAUUCCCACAGCCCAAAUACUCCAGACAAAACCCUGCACAGAUGACAACCGGCUCCUGCAGCCGUUCUACAGGGUGGAUGCUGUGCUCACCUUCAGAGAGACAAAUCACAAAAUGCACUGGACCAUGGAGAGCACGCUGCCAUGCAUAGCUGCACCUGAUAACACAUCAUCACAUGUCACAUCUUCUCCUGGCCCAAACAACAUAAGCCCGUCCACACUCGACUCUACACGUGAGACUGUAACUACAGACGAGCCUUCGCCCGACCUCGUCACCAUCCCACAAGAAAACCUAAAAGAGAGAGAUUCGUUCAAGCCUGCAAAGUUUCCCACAACUAAUCUUCCUCACAUGCUGAGGGAGGGCCGCAGUUUUAAUAUCCACGCUGAUGAGAUAAUAAGGGAUGAUGUGUCUUCUUCAGUGUUGGAUAAUGGCACCAGUAUCGACAUUAACACAACUACAACUAGUUUCUUUGAUUUUCUACAUGCAGCUACAAAUGUUUCAGCAGAGUCAGACUUGCUUACGUCAGCAGCCACAGCCCAAACACCACAUAUGUCUCUUACCACGCUGGCUCAGCCUGAUGAAGAGUACCAGGUACUCAACACAACCAGUAGGAAUGAACAACAGCAAAAGGAGAAAAAACUGCAGUGGAUUUGGUAGGAUUAGAUUUAUUUAUUUAGUUAAGUCAAAUUAUUCUUCAACUACUAUAUCUUAAUUACUUUAAGGCCUUUUUUUUACUCCUUUUCCUUUUAAACCCAACUGGUACCACAUACAUCUGUUUGCAGUCAUGAAAGGUGACGCAGUGGUCAGUGAAGGCUGAUUAUACAGUGCAAGCAGAAUUACCGUCAGACCUCUGCCAGCUAUUGCCUCAGGGUGGACAUUAUCCAGACUCAGACAAAGGCAGGCGUUAAAUAAACACGUCUCUUUCCGAGCAGCAAAACAGGCUGAUGAAGAGAAGACCUUGUGUUAGCUGAUGCCACCUUUCAGAGCAACUUGAACUCAAAUCACAGAAAGUCAUAAUAAAAGCUCACGGAUUGCUUGUCAGCGGUCAUUCUAAGAUUCUUAGAUGUUAGAAUCAAUUUUAUGUGUUAAAAACUGUUUUCUUUUCAACAAUAGAUCAAAUUUAGCUUCUGAUUUACUGUAAUGUCAGCUGUAGCUGUCGCUCCCCUCGUUGCAGUACACUAAACCAACAGCAGAGGGCACUCUCCAACAUGUUUUCAGUAGACUCCUGAUGGGUCACAGCCUGCCUCCAGAUGCUCUUUUCCAAAUUAAGCAGUUUGACAUAUUUUUUUUUUUUUUAAAGGGAACCUAGAUUCAGUGCUAGUUGUUUUUUUGUGUGCACAAUUAAAUGAACUUUAUUCAUCAUAAGAUAACUCUUGAAAAUCCAAUAUGCAGUAUAGAAGGGGGGUUUAAAUUUAUUCAGUUGAGUGCUUUAAAUGUAACACCCAUACAGAAUUACUAGUAUAGAUCAAAAUAGCUGAAGAGGUUUCAUUUUUGUCCCACGGCUUUUUUUCCCCCCACCUUUGUUAUUGUGACCUCCCGGUAUGCACCAAAGCGUCUCUAAAUGAUAACCGCGCGGUGUUGCGCAGUUACAUGCAUCAUAUACAACGGUCUGUGGGGCAGAAAAUCUAAACUUCCUUGUGCCUUUGGUUCCCAUCUGCUCAGUGAACUUAUGAGCAGGAAAUGGAAUAAGUGGUGCAAAAAGCAUGCCAACAUCCCCGGUUCUUUCAUGUGGCCUCUCUCGGCCAUUAGCCUAUCUGUAUCGACUGUUAACUGUCUUUACAAAGUUAAAAAUCCCUUUCAUGUUUCACUGUUUCUUUUUUGUUUUAAUUUCAGUCAGAGCAUAUGGUUUGCACAUCUGGGAUAUGCUAAGCGUGGUGGCACCCCCUCCCCCCCACCCCUCCCCCCAAUACACACACACAUAUACACACGAACACACACACAGACUCUGUGAAGUGAUCCAUAUAUGGUCUUCAUUGUUAUUGCUCAUAAUCACUCAUCAUUAUUAUAAACAAGUUCUGUCAUGAUUGGUCGCUUUGA